CUCUCUCUUCCCUCCGAGGUGGAGCGAUAUCAACUCAGGUUGCAACUCACGCUGUCAGGUCAGACCAGACCAGACCAGACUACCCAAAGGGAAUUACUGACCCCCAGAAGGCUUUGAAUUCACCAAUCUGUGUUCAGUCCACAGGGGAAGAGAGAAUCUCCGAGAGAGAGAGGCAGGGGCAGGAUGAAGGUGAAGAGUGGAGGUAAGAAAAAGAACGUGGCAGCGUCAAGCGAAGGCCUUGAGGACGACCCCACGACCCCCGUCGCUAACGGCGGCGGCGGCGGCGGCGGCGCGGAAGGAGGCCCUCUCGAGGAGAAGGAGGUGGAGGAGGCCGAGGAAGGGGACGAAGCCGACGAGGACGAGGACGAGGACGAGGACGAGGACGACGCCGAGGGGGACGGUGAUGAGGAAGGAGGUGAGCGCCCGAAGCUGGACGAGGGCUUCUACGAGAUCGAGGCGGUCCGCCGCAAGAGGGUUCGCAAGGGGCAAGUUCAGUAUCUCAUCAAAUGGCGUGGCUGGCCAGAGACAGCCAAUACCUGGGAACCCGUAGAGAAUCUCAUGUCAUGUUCUGAUGUUAUUGAAGCAUUUGAAGAGAGUUUGAGGUCCGGAAAGCAGAGAUCUUCUCGUAAGCGCAAACGCAAGUAUGGGGCUCCUCAUGCCCAAGCCAAAAAAAAGCCACAGAGUCAGCAGCACCGAGCCCCUUCUGCAGCUUAUAGUUCGGGGGGUGCUGAGACUAGCUCUAUUGAUGAGCCUCUUACUUCUUCUGCCCCUAAAAUCUUAAGCUUUGCAGAUCUUUCUAACCCUACCCAAGCCGUGGGCUCUGGAUGUAAUGGAGAGAUUAACUUGGAUAUGAAUGGAUUUGAAACAGACCAGCAAGCGGCUCAAAAUGGACUGGCACAUGGUCUUCAGCAACCUGUCCAAGGAGAAGAAGAACCUGAGUAUGAUCCCAAGCUUAGUGAACUUAGGGCGACAGCGUGUUCCAAUGGUGUUGAUAAGGAUAAUCUUGCAGUAAAUUUCCGAGAAUCCAAGGGUUUUGGAAGUACUGGCCCCACAAUUGGGGUGCACAAAAGUGAUUCACUUGAUCCAGGCCAAAGCAAUCGCAAUACAGGAGCUAAGAGACGAAAAUCUGGUUCUGUGAAGAGGUUUAAGCAAGAACCGGCCUCAGGUGGUUCAGCUGCAGAAAAUGCCAUUUGUAGCUCUGAACAACAGGGUUUUGGAAAUCCUGACUUCUCAAGAAAUGAAUCUAGUCUAAUUAAGAGCAGUUCCAACAGUGCUCCUGUUAUAACCAAGAUUAUAAAGCCCAUAGGCUUUUCAGCUUCUGUGUCAAACAACAUUCAGGAUGUGUCAGUAACCUUCAUGGUGAUGAGGUCCGAUGGGAAAGAAGUGAUGGUCGAUAACCGGUUUUUGAAGGAGAAUUGCCCUCUUCUGCUGAUCGACUUCUAUGAGCAACAUCUUCGCUACAGUCCGACGUCAUGAUUGAGUAGAGCUGUAUAUGGUGAGUUUUAAGCUAUUCAGGCGAUGUACAUGCGAGGCACUGUGGUGCAGGACAGGCAAAGGUAUUUGUAAUGAGAAAGACUAUUUGCUGUGGAAAUUCGACUUGAGUUUGUUGUGAACUUAUUUUGUUAGAUCCUACUAUGUCUCUCUUAUUGUCGUUAGCAGAACUGAUUGCACUCUGACCAUCUCUGUAUCAUAAUCUAUAGGAGUCUCAGGAUUUAGAUGAUCUAGUGUCUUAAUGACUUGAGCUUUUUACCA